AUGGCGCAAGGUGAGGUGGAUCUCAAGUUUCUGUCGCAAUUCGCAGAAAACGUCAAAUAUGACCACCCUUCAUUAUCAAAAAACCUUUCGACCAUACUCGGCAACUUGACUAUGAUGUCUGAACUGGUUAUCCGUGCGCGCAAAUCUCGAAGACUCGAUACGACCCGCGAUACCAAGUCGGUUGAUCUCUACUGUCGCAUCAUCUGGUACGCAAGAGAAGGCUUACAGAUUGUGGAGCAUAUCAUCUUGCCCAUGGUUGCGAAUUCUGGCCCACUCAAGGUCUUGUCGUAUAAGAUUCGUGCCUCUUACUACCACCUAUACGUUCUAUUCAACAACAAUCCUCAAAUUACGUUAAAGGCCGCGCACAAGGAGGUCCAUACUCCACCAGGACUCAAAUCAUCUCGAGAUAAAGGAAAGGCCCCAGAACGAUCAAUGGGAUAUGAUAGCCAAUUUGCUGGUGAUGAUGUCUUUCGACCCAGUUCAGUUCAGCCCACAAAUCCUCUUGAGGGCGGACCUGUUGGUGGCGUUGGUCCUCGCCCUCCAGGUAUUGCUACAAACUUCUUGGUUCCCAGUAUCGAUUAUCGCUCCAUCGCUCUCCAGUGUUUUCAAGAAGCAAAUAUCCUUGCUGAGAAACUCCUCUGGGGCAGUCAUCCACUUCGUGUUUCUGUUCGGCUUGAAUAUACGGCUUUCCUCUACGAUUGCUUACACGAAAAGGAAAGCUCCCGCCACUUAGCAAAAGCCACUAUUAGCGAGGUUUAUAAUGCACCACAAGGAAUGGACGAUGACAUGUUUCAAGAUACUGCACUAUUGGUUGGAAUCUUGGGCAAGAUGAUGAAGCGAGGCUUGGGAUCAGCAACAUCUGGAAGUACAGCUGGUGGUAGUGUAGGAACCCGACACUCACCUCCACGAACCACAGGCGAGCCAAAUGUAUCCAUUCCGAGUACAGGCAUGGAUAACGCUAUUUAG